AUGGGGACCAAGAAUAAAGAUGCGGCUCUGCGGCAGUUCUGCAAGGGAAAUUGUCGACGCAUCAAGAACCCAGGUACCAUCAACCUUCGGGCGGACAGCAAUUCCCUAGGAUCCACAUAUCCCCGUCUCUUUGACAACAAGGAUGAUGAUGUCUUGACUAUCAGAAAGGGCCUCGGUAUUCCGAUUUCGAAAGAUGAGAAGGGUGGCUUUAACGCGAGAGUGCGGCGUACGUACCCACUCAAGUUCUCCAUCCAAAUCUGCAGGCGGCUCAGCCCAUUCAAUCGAGUUCACCGCCGCGUCGUUAUCCAGGAUUACGGGAAACCAAUCUAUGAGAGUAGUUCGAAGGCUCCACUUCUCACUGGGCUGGCCCGCUGUAUUGAAGGAUACAUGUCACUCCAUGAUGAGGCUGGCCUCAUCCAAUGCGACGUUUCCCCCCGGAACCUGAUGGUGAAUGAGGACAAGGACAACCCAUCAUGGCCUGCCUUUCUGAUCGACCUUGACCUGGCAAUCAAGUUAGAACGGGAUGGGUCUUCCGGCGCACGGGGCAAAACGGGCACCAGAGCGUUCAUGGCCAUCGGUGUCUUGUACGGCGAAAACCAUUGUUUCAUGCAUGAUCUGGAGUCGUUCUUCUGGGUUCUUUUCUGGAUAUGCAUUCACUAUGAAGGCCCAGGGAAGGGGAUCACUGUCGAACGGUUUGAGAAAUGGAAUUAUAUGAGUACUGAAGAGCUGGCGGCUGCGAAGCAAGGAGUGAAAAGUGAGGGGGAUUUUCUUCGAAUUGCAGAAGACUACUUUACUCCGUAUUAUCAAUCAUUGAUCCCUUGCGUCAACCGAUUACAGCGCCUUGUCUUUCCAGACGGCGGACGGUGGAAGAAACCAAAUUUCGACCUAUCCCGGAACAUGAUUGGAACACUUCAGCAAGCACAGGAUAACUCAGAUGCUGUAAACUAG